GAUCAUUAUAUUCCAUUUAUAAUUUCUUCUAUUAUCUGCAUUUUGAACUACAAGUGAGAUAUAAAAGAAUACCUUUUCUCUUCCAUCAACCUACCAAUAAAUCCACACAUUCUAAACAUUACACAACUCUAUUUCAAUCAAAUUUCUUAUUAAAACCAGACUGUUCAGUAACGUCAUAUCUCUCUAUAAAUAUGCCCUACUACUACUCCUAUCCAUACCCUAUCCACUCUUAUCCGCACUACAUCCCCAUCGUACCCGUCUACCCAACCACAACAGUAACCGCAGUCUCCGCCCCUAUAAUCCAACAAACACCAGGCUUCAACCCACUUCAUGGACAAGAUCGCGGUCCUGCACCUCCUGGAAUAGGAACUCGCGUCGCGGGAUAUGUUACUGGUAUGUAUUGCACAUCGGUUUGGCGGCAAUAGGUCCUCAGAUGGUGGGAGUCGCACCAAUAGCAGUAUCUCAGCCUCAUACUUCAGAUGCGUGUACAAAUUGUCAGAAUGGAAAUGCCAAUACUGCACCGAAUCCACCCGCGAGUUCUCCACCCUCAGAACCGAAAUCUCCCGCCACUAAACCAAAAUCUAUCCUCAAACCAACACCAACUCCUGCUUCCAGUUCAGCUUCUUCACCUUCUUCAUCUCCUACAAAAUCCGAAUCUAAAUCCAAACUCGUACCUCCGCUCAAUAUCCUCACUCAUGCAAAUACAAAUUAUAAUGCAGACCCGAAUCUGAAACCGGGAUGCUGACAAUCAUUGGAGAAGGAUUGUCUUCCUUUGGGGAAGAGGUCCAGUGACAAUUUAUUAGGGCCGUCGGGGAAGAGAGUCAAAUUCUUGGGGGGUAAUGAGCGAUAGUAUAGAGGGGUGAUGUUGUAUUUCUUAUCUUUUAUAUCGGAAAGGGGAUUGAUCGUUUGAGAAUAUUAUAACCAUAGAGGAACACAUCAAGUGUUCGGUAUUUAUAUUGGGUUUGUUGCAUAGAAGGGAUGUAUAGCUCGAUGCCAUGUAUAUUUCUAAUAAUUUCUCCAUGAUUUAUUCUAAAUAUAUGUGCAAUUGGGAAAGACAAUCUAUGAUGCGCUUCUCUUUGUUCGUGCAAUGAUGCAAAUACGAAGAAUACAUAUGAUCUUAAAUCAAAAGGUUCUUUGACAGACGCA